AUGGAUGCAUUGACACUUCAUGGUGCUGUAGUAGAUUGUAAACGAAAGGUUAUGGAAUUGAGACAUGAGAAUGGUGAAGUCCUUCGAGUCGAAUCAGAUGAACUUAGUGGCUUGUCGAUUGUAAUUUCUUUGAUGACCGUUCAGAAAUGUAUGAGGAAAGGAUAUGAAGCAUAUCUGGCUUAUGUACUGAAUUCAAAGGAAUCUGAGUUGAAAGUCGAAUCGAUGCCUGUCGUAUGUGAGUUUACGGAUGUGUUCCCGGAAGAAUUGCCAGGUUUACCUCCAGCGAACGUGGUCACCGACGCUUUGAGCAGGAAGUCUUUAUUCACUUUGAGGGCAAUGAAUACACAGAUGGCCUUAUGUAAUGAUGGAUCCAUUUUAGCCAAAUUGAGGACGAGGCCAACUCUUCUCCAUCAGAUUUGUGAAGCUCAGAAAUUCGAUGAAAAAUUACAAGCUAAGAAAGUUCAGUGUGAAUCAUCCAGUGAACCCGAUUUCCAAAUUGACUCCGAUCGAUGUUUUAGAUUUCGGGGAAGAAUCUGUGUUCCAAGGGAUACUGAGUUGAUCCAGACUAUUUUGCAUGAGUUGAUCCAGACAUCGGAGCUUGGAUCACAUUAUCUUUAA